CUAUUUCUCUACAUUUCCUCUCACUCCUUCCUGAGUCUUCCAGGUCCAUGGAGUGAGGACACGUCUCCACCAUCAUGGGGGGCGGAGACCUGAACCUGAAGAAGAGCUGGCACCCGCAGACACUCCGCAAUGUGGAGAAAGUGUGGAAGGCUGAGCAGAAGCAUGAGGCUGAGCGGAAGAAGAUUGAGGAGCUUCAGCUGGAGUUGCGGGAGGAGAGGGCCAGGGAGGAGAUGCAGCGCUACGCAGAGGAUGUUGGCGCUGUCAAGAAGAAAGAAGAAAAAUUGGACUGGAUGUACGAGGGUCCUGGUGGGAUGGUGAACCGUGAUGAGUACUUGCUGGGGCGCCCCAUUGACAAAUACGUUUUUGAGAAGAUGGAGGAGAAGGAGGCAGGCUGUUCUUCUGAGACAGGACUCCUCCAAGGCUCUAUCUUUGCCCCAUCGGGUGCCAAUUCCCUCCUUGACAUGGCCAGCAAGAUCCGGGAGGACCCACUCUUCAUCAUCAGGAAGAAGGAAGAAGAGAAAAAAAGAGAGGUAUUGAAUAAUCCUGUGAAAAUGAAGAAAAUCAAAGAAUUGUUGCAAAUGAGUCUGGAAAAAAAGGAGAAGAAGAAAAAGAAGGAGAAGAAACAUAAGCACAGAAACUCAAGUAGUGAUGGUUGCAGCAGUGAGGAUGAGCGCAGCUGGGGGAGGUCUCAAAAGAAGAUGGUAAAUUCUUUCUCUGUUUUAUCCAAAGUUCCUGGGUAUGGUUUACAGAUCAGGGACUCCAACCAUAGCCAGCGUCUGCAGGGCCCUUUGAUGGCUGAGCCAAAAGGACUGCAUCGGUGGAAGAAUGAUUCCAGGUCCAGGAGCUCCUCCCCCUCACCUCCCAGACAUGCCAGCAAGAAGAGCACCAGAGGAGGGUCCCGGGACAGGAGGUCUCGAUCCCCAAGGCCAAGCAAAACGCACAACUCUAAGGUAAACAGGAGAGAGAGAGGCCGAACUAGGAGCCCAUCACCUAAAAAAGAGGUCUACCAAAGGUGGCACGCACCUGGAUAUACCAGAAAGCUCUCAUCAGAGGAACUUGAGCGAAAACGGCAAGAAAUGAUGGAAAAUGCCAAGUGGCGGGAGGAAGAGAGGCUGAACAUCCUUAAGAAGCACGCGAAGGACGAGGAGAGGGAGCAGAGGCUGGAGAAGCUGGACUCUCGGGACGGGAAGUUUAUCCACCGCAUGAAGCUAGAGAGUGCGUCCACCUCCUCCCUGGAGGACCGGGUGAAGCGGAAUAUCUACUCUUUACAGAGAACCUCGGUAGCCCUGGAGAAGAACUUUAUGAAAAGAUGAAACCAUCCUCUCUUGCUGGUUUUCCUGAAUGUUCCAGGGAAGCUGCUGACCCCUUAAAAAUUCUCUUUAUAAGAGUUCAAGUGACUUCUUUCACAGAUGUCAAACCACCACUGUUCAAAGUGACUCUCCUCCAUUGACUCCUGAAACAGCUACGUCAUUUG